UUAAAACUCUUAAAACUUUAACGGUGUUCUUCAACGCGAAGCUUCUUCUUCAAUCAAACCCAAUUUCUAUCUCUGGUUUCCCAUUUCUAACUAAAAUUAGGGUUCCAGCUGCUUGCUCGUGAGGCGCUCGUAAUCAAUUUUACGAUUACUCGGUUCAGAAAUGAAGACGAGAGGUUAUGCAGUAGAAAUCACAAACCUAUCUCCUAAUGCAACGGAGAAAGAUGUUCGUGAUUUUCUCACCUUCUGUGGCGCAAUUCAACAUGUUGAAUUUGUCAGAACCGGUGACUCUGAAUGUGUCACCUAUGUGACUUUCAAAAAUCCGCAUGCUGUGGAAACUGCUGUUCUUCUCAGUGGAGACACAAUCUUGGAUCAACCUGUACGCAUAGUACAAUGGGGACAUUGUGGCGUCGAUUAUAAUGUUCACAAUCACUCUUCAUGGAAGAUUGAAGACGAUGUUAAUCUUAGCCAGCGUUCUGAGAGACACGAGGCUGCGCCAUCUGCUGGAAAAGCCGUCUAUUCUGCCCAAGACACUGCAAAAGCAAUGGCCGCCAAAGGAUUUGUACUCGGAAAAGACGCAGUGGUGAGAGCUAAAGCAUAUGCAGAAUCCCAUCAAGUACCGGCAGCUGCAAUAGCGAAGGUUUCACGGCUUAGCAAUGGAAUCGGGUUGACUGAUAAGAUAACUUACGGGAUUCAAACAGCCAAAUCUGUGGAUCAAAGGUAUCACAUUUCAGGUACAACGAGAUCAGCUGUGUCUGUGACGCAGAAGACUGCAGCUUCAGCUGCAAACGCGGUGGUUAGCUCGAGUUACUUCUCUAAGGGAGCUCUCUGGUUGUCCGGUGCUCUGAACAGAGCCUCUCAGGUUGCUGGAGAUCUUGGCAAUCGCGGUGUUGGCAAAGAUAGCCAGUGAAGAUUCUGUAUAAACAGUGAGAGAACUUGUUUUACAAGCACUAUUUCUAUUAGUACUUCCAUUUCAAUUUUAUAGGAGUAGUAUAUUUUCACGAACUACAUCAAAAUGAUUAUAUGAAUAUAUAUACAUUUCCAACUA